GAAGCCUUGCCUUUAUCGCGCCCCGAGGAGGCGAGCUGGCUCCCUUUCCCCGGCGCGAACGAAGCGAGAGGCGAGGAUGGCGCCGAGCGCGGCGACGACUCUGACGAAGGUGCUGAUCAGCGACAGCCUGGACCCCUGCUGCAAGCAGAUCCUGCAGGCGGCCGGCAUCCGCGUCCUGGAGAAGGCCAACCUCAGCAAGGAGCAGCUGCUGGCCGAGAUCAAAGAUUGUGACGGCCUCAUUGUACGAUCCGCAACCAAAGUCACUGCAGACAUCAUAAAUGCCGCUGAGAAGCUGCAGGUCAUUGGGAGAGCUGGCACUGGUGUGGACAAUGUCGAUGUUGAAGCUGCUACAAGGAAAGGCAUCCUGGUCAUGAACACACCCACUGGCAACAGCCUGAGUGCAGCGGAGCUGACAUGUGGCAUGAUCAUGAGUCUGGCCCGGCAAAUCCCCCAGGCUGCAGCUUCAAUGAAGGAAGGGAAAUGGGACCGCAAGAAGUUCAUGGGGAUGGAGCUUCAGGGGAAGACGCUGGGCAUUCUAGGCCUCGGCAGAAUUGGGCGAGAAGUGGCCAUCCGGAUGCAGUCCUUUGGCAUGAAGACCAUAGGCUACGACCCCAUCAUCACUCCUGAGGAGUCUGCUAGCUUUGGUGUAGAACAGCUGUCUCUGGAACAGAUCUGGCCACUGUGUGAUUUCAUCACAGUUCACACCCCACUCCUGCCUUCCACCACAGGGCUCCUGAAUGAUGCCACUUUUGCCCAAUGCCGGCCUGGGGUCCAGGUGAUCAACUGCGCUCGAGGUGGCAUUGUGGAUGAGGGGGCCCUUCUGAGGGCCCUUCAGUCUGGCCAGUGUGGGGGAGCAGCCCUUGAUGUUUUCACAGAGGAGCCACCCAAGGACAAGGCACUAAUCAACCACCCCAAUGUGAUCAGCUGCCCCCACCUAGGGGCCAGCACCAGAGAAGCCCAGAGCCGCUGCGGAAAGGAGAUUGCCGUACAACUGGUGGACUUAACCCAGGGCAAGCCACUGGUCGGUGCGGUAAAUGGGCAAGCUCUCAGCAGUGCCUAUGCAUCCCAGACCAAGCCAUGGAUCGCACUGGCAGGAGCUCUGGGGACUGUGUUGUGUGCCCUGACUCACCCUGCCAAUAGAGGCGUGCAAGUUGUCACCCACGGUUCAACUUUGCAGAAGGCUGGCGGUUACCUGAUUCCUGCAGUGGCCGUGGGACUCCUUAAAGAAACAGCACAGAAGAAUGUCAACCUGGUGAAUGGGCUGCUUUUAGCACAGGAAGCUGGGCUUAAGAUCACCGCCACUCACCAUGACAAGACAGAAGGUAGUGAAGAGGGGCUGCUGGAACUUGCUGUCCAGGAUGCCCCCUAUGUGCUGGUUGGCUCAGUGCAAGGGAGCACUCCUGUCCUGUGUCACCUCAGCGGAGCAGUCUUCAAACCGUCUGUUCCCCUCACUGGAACAAUGUUGUUCUACAGAGCCAAAGUCUCCAGUGCUAGCCUGUUACCAACCGUCAUUGGGUUGUUGGGAAAGGCCAAAAUAGAGCUGUUGUCCUACCACCAUUCUAGCACAGUGAGUGGGCAAGAAUGGAGUGUCCUGAAUAUCUCUUCUGCUCUACAAAACCUUAUGGAACUGAAGCAGCACGUGACCGAGGCUGUUCAGGCUACAUUUUAAGAAGUGGAUGGAGGACCUGCAAAUUUCUGUCAUUUGCCCAUUCCAAUUUACACAUUCCAAUAAAAACAGUUUGCAGAAAUGA